AUGUGGGUGGUCCAAUUACUGCUACUAGGUGUUGCAUCUUGCAUCGUCCUCGCUGCUCCAGACUGGACCGACUGUCCUUCUGCGUGCAGUUGUAAGUGGACGUCAGGGAAGAAAUCUGCCUUCUGUACCCAUGCAGAUUUUACAACUAUACCUACUUCUCUUAACUCGGAUAUGCAAGUACUAGACCUAUCCGGUAAUAAAAUACCUUACCUUAAUAAAGAAGCUUUUAAAAGCGUCGGUCUCUUGAACCUUCAGAGAAUAUUUCUAAGAGGCUCAGGAGUUCACGAGCUACACAGUGAAGCGUUCAAGGAACUUACCAUACUUGUUGAAGUGGAUCUGUCAGAUAACUUGAUUUCGACUCUUCACAAGGACACAUUCGCUGGAAAUGACAGACUCAAAGUGCUGUAUCUCAAUGGUAACCCUUUGACGGAAUUGCAGUCUGCCCAAUUUCCUCACCUACCAUAUUUAAAAACCUUAGAGAUGCAACACUGUCAAAUAGCGAGGAUACAUAAAGACGCUUUUAAGCAUCUCCCUUCUCUAGAACUCCUCAAUCUUAAUGGUAACAGAUUGAAACAAAUAUCGGAGAGCGUAUUUCUGCCAGUAACAAAACUGAAAAGUCUGUCAUUGGAUGGCAACCCUUGGAAAUGUGAUUGUGAGUUGCGAGGUUUCCGAAAUUGGCUUUUAUCUUCCAAUCUGUAUUCGCAUCCACUGACGUGCACCGAACCGACUUCCUUGGCUUCUCAGCAAUGGGAAGACAUUCAGCCACUCGAAUUCUCUUGUCCACCGUCAGUCCAUGUUGAAGAAACAAUGAUUCAAGAAGAACCAGGAGGCAAUAUCACUCUCAAAUGUCGGAUUUUAGGAGAUCCAGAACCAGAGGUCAUUUGGUUGUUCAAUGGAAGGGUUCUAGGAAAUUCGACUAUGGAUCAGAUUCUUCUGAGGCAAGAAGAAGAUGGAGACGUCAAGCCCGAAAAAUGGACCACUCUGAAUAUAAUGAACGUUAGUGAGGAUGAUGCCGGUGAGUACACUUGUUCUGCUAAGAACAUCGGUGGCCAAGCUGCAAUAAAUGUUUCACUCAUAUUGCCUGAAGUCAUAAUCGCAACGACAUUGAGCAAAAGCGAUACUUGGUUCAUGUGGGCAGUGUGGGCAGGGUCUGGCUCGGGAGGAGUAAUAUUCAUCACCUUAGCAGUGUGCCUGAUAUGUCGGUUCCGAGGAGGCAGUUCGAGGUACGCGAGGCAAGGGAAAAUAAAGCAGAGUGAAAGCUACACUGAUCAAGAUAAGAAGCUACUGGAUGUAAGCAUUACUACGACAACCGACCGGCAGACUGGCAGCUGUGAAGGCUUAGGAUCCCAAGCAGAUAUUGAACUAUUGGAACAUUCCCUUCAAUCUAUACCCCUGGAAGUUUGUGAUCCUGUUCAGAUCACGAUUGAAAGUCACUCGGCGGAACCUGUUUCAGUCUAUCAACCUCCGCCAGAGUUCUCAACAAGUAUUCUCCCUCCCGGAGCUUUUGGUAACAUCUUCAUCUCAGUGUCAGUAAGUCAGGAACCCCCUGAUGCACCGAGAUACCCGGAUUUGCUUGAUCUGCCCCACCGGAAGAGUGUCAGCGUGGCCACGGAGCCAUAUUUUGCUACCUUGCCCAAGCGUCAACCGGCGACUCGGCUGAAGGAGACAGAACCAGUACUCCGUGUAGGACCUCAAUAUGACAACAUGGGUCCGAGGGUGACCGCCGGUGGUAGCUCUACUAUUUCCCUUCCUGAUUCGACCUCUGCUGACGACAUUCCACCUCCCCCACCACCACCAAACUGCACUCCUCUCACUGUAGAAUAUGUAUCCCUCUGAAAUGCCCGGACUUUUUGCUGAGAUUAUUAAGAUGUUUGUAGUUUUCGUCCAACAUACCAACAAACAUUAGGCACUGACACUCAUUGAUGCUACGUUAAAAUAAAAUUAAUCCAGAUUUGCAUUUCAUAAAUGGAUUUGAAACAAAAAAGAUAAUACACAU